UAAAAUGUAUUUGACAAACAAAGGAACUAAAUUGAUAAGCAUAUGUUUCAUUUUCUAAACAAACUUGACAAUAAUUAAUCCAUAGACAUACUCACGUCGAAUUUUUGUACAACUCUAGAAUAUUUGAGCUGAUUGAAACACAUGUUUUCGAAAUAAUUAUAUAAAUCACCAAGUCGUUUAAUAUCUACGUGUCAUUUUCUUCUCGGCGCUCGGACGAAAAAGACGAUUGAAACACUUGUUCUGCAUGUCUUUGAAAUGCAUUUACAAAAUAUCAUCACGUUCGGAUUGAUUGUUGCUGUGUGCAGUUUAUCUGCUCAUUUUGCUCUGAGUCUAGAGAAAAGAGAGGUCACGGAACCGUCAUGCCCAGAUGGGUGGACACUCUUCGGAGAGAAGUGUUAUUUUUAUAGCGGUAGUGAGACCGCAAAUUGGGAUGCAGCUCAAGCUUCAUGCUACGCGGUUGAAGGACAACUUGUAGAAAUCGAAAGUUCUGCAGAAAAGGCCUUUCUGGUUGAGCUAAGAAGUAACUUUUCGUCAAAUUCAUCUGAGUCUUGGAUAGGUCUGAUUGAUAGAGAGAAUGAAGGAAAGCAUGUUUGGGAUUCAACCGGAAUAGAAGCCAGUUACCCCAGUUAUCAAAGCUGGGCGGCUAACGAACCUAAUGGGGAAGCCUGUAUUCAAAUGGACAGCAAUAGCUACUGGUACGAUGCAGACUGCAAUCUCGAACGUACCUACUUUUGUGAACGCCUAGUAAAAGCGAAGUGUCCCUCAGGGUGGACAUUCUUCAGAGGACAUUGUUAUAAAUACAGCAGAGAAGUCAGGAAAGUCUGGGAAGAAGCUGAAGCUGCAUGCGUUGCUGAUAAAGGUCAUCUUGUGGAUAUAAAUAGUGUUGGGGAAAAUAAAUUUCUUGUGAAUCUUAUGAAUGCUGUUUAUGUAUAUAUAUCUGAUGCUUGGAUUGGACUGAAUGACAGAGAAAUCAAUGACACCUAUGUAUGGGUAUCAUCUGGACAAAAUGCUACAUAUACGAACUGGGGUCAAUACGAACCUAACGAUGUUGUGUGGACACAAGCCUGUGUACUAAUGGACAAACGUAAAGGACAAUGGAACGAUAGGCGAUGCUCAUAUUCUAGAGCCUAUAUAUGCAAGAAAGCGUCAUGUCCAUAUGGAUGGACACUCUUCGGAGAGAGUUGUUAUUUAUAUAGCGGUGAUGAGAAAAAAUCUUGGGAUGCGGCUCAGUCUGCAUGCUUUAAUGCUGAAGGACAACUUGUAGAAAUCGAAAGUGAUUCAGAGAAUAACUUUAUCGUUGAGCUGAAAACGAACGUUUCGUCAAAUCCAACUGAGUCUUGGAUUGGACUGCAUGAUAUAGAAACUGAAGGAAAGCACAUCUGGGUUUCAAGCGGAAAUAAUACUACUUAUAGCAGCUGGGGAUCUGGCGAACCUAACGAUCACGAUGGGGGAGCUUGUGUUCAAUUGCACGGAAAUGGAAAAUGGAACGAUACUGAUUGCCAACUCGAACGUUCCUAUGUUUGUGAACGUUUAGUAUAUGUGAAGUGUCCAAAAGGGUGGAUAUUCUUCAGAGGGGAAUGUUAUAAACACGACAGAGAAGACAAGAGAGAUUGGGAACAAGCUGAAGCUGCAUGUGUUGCUGACUAUAGUCAUCUUGUGGAUAUAAACAGUGACGCAGAAAUUAAAUUCCUGACUAAUCUUAUGAGGGCUGAUUAUAAAUACCCCUUUGAUGCUUGGAUUGGGCUGAAUGACAGAGAAGUCAAUGACACCUAUGUAUGGGUAUCAUCUGGAAAAGUUGCUGUUUAUACGAGCUGGGGUCAAUACGAACCUAACGAUGUUGUUUGGACACAAGCCUGUGUUCAGAUGAACUGGCGUGGAAAGUGGGACGAUAAGCGCUGCUCAUAUGCUAGAGCCUAUAUAUGCAAACGUCCGGCUAAAGCAAAGUGUCCCGAACGAUGGACAUUCUUCAGAAAUGAUUGUUAUAAAUACAACAGUGAAGUCAAGAAACCCUGGGAAGAAGCUGAAGAUGCAUGCGUUGCUGAUGCUGGUCAUCUAGUGGAUAUCAACAGUCGUGACGAAAAUACAUUCCUGACCUAUCUUAUGACGAGGGAUAUUUUAUAUCCAUCUGAUACUUGGAUUGGACUGAAUGACAGAGAAAUCAAUGACACCCAUGUAUGGGUAUCAUCUGGGAAAGUUGCUACUUACACGAGCUGGGGUCAAUACGAACCUAACGAUGUAGUCUGGACACAAGCCUGUGUACUUAUGACCAGUCGUGGAGAGUGGGACGAUAAGCGCUGCACAUAUUCUCGAGCAUAUAUAUGUAAACGUCCGCCUAGAGAGGUAUGUGAGAGCGGAUUCAAACUUUUAGACAGACGUUGCUAUAAGUACUUCCACAAUACUUCCUCUAUAGAUUGGGAGUCGGCACAAGCUGUGUGCAUGUCUAACGGAGGCCACCUUGCAGAAAUUACUAGCGCUGAAAUAAAUACUUUCUUAAGCGAUCUUAGAGAGGAGGACAUCGGCAGUCAUACUGCUUGGAUUGGGCUGAAAUUGGUUGGCGGCACUUAUAAAUGGAUCGCAUCCGGAAAAACUGCAACUUUCAAAAACUGGGCAACUGGCGAACCUAACAAUCAUCAAUCUUCGGAAAACUGUAUUGAAAUGUAUCCAGACGGAAAAUGGAACGAUCACAGCUGCGCAAACAACCGACGCUACUUUUGUGAAAAACUGCCGAUUAUCCUUCCAUAUGAAUAAGAAACGGCAUGAUGGACAGGAAGUGAGCGAGCAAUGACCUAGAUUUAUGCUGCAGAUUUUAUUUCAUGUAUAACCAUAGUGUUUAUAGAAUUUAUUUUCAUUUCCUUAAUAAUUUAAGUGUGUCAAAUUAGUACGGAAUGUAACAAAAAUCGAAGUCCUCCGUUUGUCAAAAUUUACUUGAAAAUAAACUUAAGAGCUCUGACACAGACUUGUAAACGCUACCACAUUUCACUGCACAUAUGAUCUUCAAUUAUGAUGUAAACUUUAACUUUGAUAAAAAUUAAAGAUUGAUACACACAGCACA